AUGGAGAAAGAACGUACUUUGUGCUCAUCGCUAAUACCAAAAGUUUCUAUGAUGCCAUCAAGACGAUUUGACAAUAGGAUAAUAAUAAAUGUCAGUGGUAUUCGUUAUGAAACUUACAAAUCGACGUUAAAAAAUAUUCCUGAUACUCGAUUGUCUUGGCUAACUGAGACAACUGCUAGUAACCCUGAUUACGAUCCUGUAACAGACGAAUUUUUCUUUGAUCGUCAUCCCGGAGUAUUCUGUAUGAUUCUGAACUAUUACAGAACGGGAUUUCUUCAUGUUCCUACAGAUGUAUGUGGUCCACUUUUUGAAAAUGAAUUAAACUUUUGGGGUCUUGAUGAAAAACAAAUAGAACCCUGUUGUUGGUCAAAUUAUCGUGCACACCGAGAAGCCCAGCAGACUGUCACUGAAUUGGAUAAUGGAGAAGAUGAAGAUAUCCAUGAAGAUGAAGUACCAAAUAUAUUUGGUAUUAGUGAUGAUGUCAGUGAAAGAACAUUUUGGCAAAACUGGAAACCAAAAAUUUGGAGAAUAAUGGAAUAUCCCAAUUCUUCUAUACCAGCUAAAAUCAUGGAGGGAAUUUCUGUCUUCUUCGUUUUGAUGUCAAUUGUAUCUUUCACUUUGGAAUCACUUGAAGAUUUUCGUAUACCAGUAUUACACAACUCUACACUUAAUGUCCGGCAAAAAAUCAUGAAAACAAAUCCUUUGAAAGUAUUUAAAAUUCUCGAGAUAACAUGCAUUGCUUACUUUACAUUUGAAUUAGUUGUCCGAUUAAUAUUUUGUCCCAAUCGAUUAAUCUUUUUUAAAAAUUUUCUCAAUUGGAUUGACGUUUUCUCAUUAAUACCAUUUUAUUUACGUGAAAUCGUGGAUAGAUUUGUCGGAAUGAAAACAGAAGUUUCAUAUUAUGUCAAUAUGUUGCGUCUCAUACGUAUUUUUCGAAUUUUACGUUUGACGCGACAUGUCAGUGGUAUACGAAUAUUAGCUCACACAGUGAAGGCGAGUGCAAAAGAACUACUUCUAUUGAUAAUUGUUGUCUUUAUGGGAAUAACCAUAUUUGCAUGCCUUAUCUAUUACGCCCAGCAAAUAGAUGAAACAGCUAGCAACAAAUUUUUGAAUAUUCCCAUCGGAUUUUGGUGGGCUCUCGUUACUAUAACAACUCUUGGAUAUGGUGACUAUGUUCCAGACACCCUACUCGGUUACAUUAUUGGAGCAAUAUGCUCUCUUUGCGGUGUUCUUAUGCUGGCGCUUCCAGUACCAGUUAUUGUCAAUAAUUUUACCCUUUAUUACUCACAUGCUCAAGCAAAGCUGAAACUACCAAAAAAGACCAAGAAAGUUCUUGUAGGUGCGGCCGAUGCCUUAAAAGAAAUGGUGUUUAGUGAAGAAGACCAGCUAUCAGAAAAGCAGGAGUCAAUUUCCACCAGCAUCACGUCUAUAUAUGGUAAAACUAGUCAAGAUAGCGCAAUUGACAGUACAGACAGUUCCUCCAAAACACAAACCAAUUCAAACGAGGUAGUGGGAAUUCGUGUUAUUUACGUCGAUGAAGUAGCUCAGGGAACUGACGAAAAUCGAGCUAACAGAAAGCAGUCUUCUAAGAAAAAUCUAGAGAAGAGAAACAGUGUUCACCCAUUACAAGAAAGACUUGAACAGACUUCAGAUGUAACUGCGCAUCGUCUUCAACAACGUUCUCAUUCAUUGGGGCGGAGAAGUUCUUUCUUUCCACGAAAUCUCACUGACAUUGAAUAAAAAACUUUAUCUGAUAAAGAGGUUUGCUGAAAAAAAUUAC